GAACGCAGCAGCAGCAGCAGCAGCGUCCUCCAACAUGGCGGCGCCCUGUCCCGGCCGAUGUGGCUUCUUCGUGGAGAAAAAGAAACGUUUCUGUAAAAUGAUCGUCGGCAAAGAUCAAAGGUUCUGUGGAGAGCACGCGACCAUGGAGGAAGGAAGCAGCAGGAGGAUCGUGUGUCCUCUGGACCCCAAACACACCGUGAGUGAAGACAAACUGGAGAAACACCUGAAGAAGUGUAACUCCAGAGAGAAACCCAAACCUGUUUAUUAUGUGGAGAAUAUAAACUCUGGAUCAGCUGACUCAGACGAGACCCUCCAACAGGUGAGUCUGUCUGAACGCAGUCGGACACAGUUGGAGUCUCUGCUGGACAAACUGAAAACUGCAGUCAGAGGACUGCAGUGUGAUGUGGACGACAGCGUUCUGUCUCACCCUGUCCUCCAGGAGGAGCUCGAUAACCCGAAGAACGGAGACUCCGCCCACAAACACCUGAAGCAGCAGUCCUCUAUCUUAGGUAACCUGGAGGCACUGGGGCUACUGGGAAGGGGGCGCUGCUUCGUGGAGUUUGGAGCAGGUCGAGGAAAACUGUCUCACUGGAUCCACGAAGCCCUGAAGACCCGCGACGACCUGAAGACCCGCGACGACCUGCAGCUGCUGCUGGUGGAGCGCUGCAGUACCCGCUUUAAGGUGGACGGGAAACAUCAGGAUGACAGAGUUCAGUUCGAGAGGCUGCAAGUCGACAUUCAACAUCUGGAUUUAAGUAAAGUCCCUCUGCUCCGACAGAAGAAGCUCCCGUUGGUUGGAGUUGGAAAACACCUGUGUGGAGCAGCGACAGAUCUGGCUCUGCGCUGUUUGUUGGAAACACCAGGACUCACAGGGGACGCCGAACCACCCCGAAAACGCCUCAAAUCCUCAGAAUCAGUUGAUGAUCCAGAAUCAGUUGAUGAAGCUGCACUGCCAGGCUCUGGUCCUGGUCAGGACUCAGGUCCUGCUCCAGUGCUAGGCCUGGUGGUGGCGCUGUGCUGCCACCAUCGCUGUGAGUGGCGUCAUUACGUGGGUCAGCAGUUCUUCCUUCAGCGAGGACUCAGAGCCGAAGAGUUCUCUGCGUUCUGUCGGAUGUCCAGCUGGGCCACGUGUGGACUCAGACCGACCAAUCGGGACCGCCCCCCUCAGGAUCCAACCAAUCAGAGAGGAGACGAUGAAGAGCACGAACCGGCAGAGGAGACGGAUGCUGUGAACGGGUUUCUGUCGGCAGACGAACGCGAGCGGGUCGGACGUCUCUGUAAACGUCUGAUCGACGGCGGCAGACUUCACUUCCUGAAGACGAGAGGAUUCGACAGCAAACUGACUCGAUACGCAGACGCUCAGGUGACUCUGGAGAACGUGCUGCUGACCGCCAUCCCACUGGCCGCCGUCCCCUCGUCUGCGUCCUGAACCGCAGAGACACAAAUGGCACAGACACAGUUUCUAAAGAAGACUUUUAUUUUCUCAGACUCAGUAUGUUCACAUGUUCUGUAAAGUUUGUAUUAAAGUAUUUUCAGUUGUG